AUGUCUGGGCAGCUGCCGAACAAGACGCUUUUAUGUACUUUUGGAAUUCAGUCUACCUAUUGGAUAAAGGGGCCCCAGGAAGGCCUUUGCGACAUAAUUAUUUUGGAUUGCUUCUACAACCUCAGGACAGCCACCUUCCUUGACCGCAGAGAACAAGCUAUGGAGUGGUUUUUGGGCUUUGUUCGCAAGGACAGCGGAUCCACCCAAUUCGGAUUAGGAAUUCACCACAGCAAUGCCCUUCAAGCUUACAACGACCUCAACGUCGCCGUUGGUAUGAACACGUUUAGAGACUUCUGGAACCUGAACAUCCGACAUUACUGUCUUCUCACAUUUCAAGUACACGACGCUUUUAUAACCAACAGAAGCACCGUCCAGGGCUACGACAAACUUUUGAAGAGACUGAGAGAGCUCCAGGAAGUGAACAGAGCCGGGGCCGUUGACAAGUUUGGAUAUGUCAUUCUUGCAGUCGGCCUUCUUGCUCCAAGGAGAGGCAACGCCUACAACUACCUGAAAGAGUUGCUCCAGUAG